UCGGUUUGCUCACCCCAAUUCCUCUCCUCUAUCACGAUUAUCCCUAUUUGUAGAAGGGGCUAGGGUUUUCUCUCUUUCUCUCUCCCUCAUUUCCACCGUCUCUCUAGCUCGAUUCUUGGCUUGGCAAGUUCCUGAUCGCCUCGUAAACAUGCCGAAGAACAAGGGAAAGGGAGGAAAGAACAGGAAGAGAGGAAAGAACGAAGCAGAUGAUGAGAAGCGUGAGCUUGUUUUCAAGGAAGAUGGUCAGGAGUAUGCUCAGGUUCUCAGAAUGUUAGGGAAUGGUCGGUGUGAGGCGAUGUGCAUCGACGGAACAAAGCGUCUUUGCCAUAUCCGAGGGAAGAUGCACAAAAAGGUUUGGAUUGCAGCUGGUGAUAUAAUACUUGUGGGUCUUCGCGACUACCAGGAUGACAAAGCUGAUGUCAUCCUCAAGUAUAUGCCCGAUGAAGCAAGGCUUUUGAAGGCAUACGGUGAACUUCCUGAGAGCACACGUCUCAACGAGGGUAUUGCUGGUGGUAUCGAUGAUGAGGAUGAUGGUGGGGCCGAUGACUAUCUCGAGUUCGAGGAUGAAGAUAUCGAUAAGAUAUAGAUUUAUUAGUAACCUCUUUACAUUUGGAGUUUAGAAUGGUGUGGAUGGUUCGUUAUAUCGAUUUGCUCCACUGUUGUUGUGCACUCUUCUGUUGUUCUGCUGGUGAAUUGGUAUUUAUUGCCUUAAAAAUCUAAUAUUGAUAUAUACACACACGUGUGCCUAUUUAAACUUGCCUUC